ACCUCAAUCCCAUUCUCUCUCUCUCUUUCUACACAUUCAAAUUAAACUCAGCUCGUCUCUCUCUCUCUCUCUCUCUCUCUCUCUCUCUCUACCUCUGGCCGACCUAUCGCCGUCGCAGAUCUGCAGCAGAAGCCCGCAGCGGAGCCGUUUGCCGGUGAGGUCUCAGAUCGAUCCAGCUGGUCUGAGCCUCGGGCCAUUCUCUGCCGGAUCCGGUCGGCGGGUACGUCUCGGAAAUGGAGAACCUGAUCUCGCUCGUCAACAAAAUCCAGAGAGCCUGCACUGCUCUCGGUGACCACGGCGAGGGCAGCGCCUUGCCUACCCUCUGGGACUCCUUGCCGGCGAUCGCCGUCGUAGGUGGCCAGAGUUCAGGGAAAUCAUCGGUGUUGGAGAGUGUGGUUGGCAAGGAUUUCUUACCUCGUGGCUCCGGUAUUGUUACGCGGCGUCCUCUCGUCUUGCAGCUGCAUAAGCUCGAAGAAGGCAGCAGAGAAUAUGCGGAAUUUCUCCACCUGCCUCGGAAGAGAUUCACUGAUUUUGCUGCUGUGAGGAAGGAGAUUUCAGAUGAAACUGAUAGAGAGACUGGGCGCACUAAACAAAUCUCAAGUGUCCCGAUUCAUCUCAGUAUAUAUUCACCUAAUGUUGUCAACUUGACUCUGAUCGAUCUUCCUGGGCUCACAAAGGUAGCUGUUGAGGGUCAACCAGACAGCAUUGUGCAAGACAUUGAAAAUAUGGUCCGCUCCUACAUUGAGAAGCCCAACUGUAUUAUUUUAGCAAUUUCACCGGCCAACCAAGAUCUUGCUACUUCUGAUGCAAUUAAGAUUUCGAGAGAAGUUGAUCCUACCGGGGAGAGGACAUUUGGAGUCUUAACGAAGAUUGAUCUGAUGGAUAAGGGUACUGAUGCGGUUGAUAUAUUAGAAGGGAAAGCUUACCGGCUUAAGUAUCCCUGGAUUGGUGUUGUAAAUCGAUCACAAGCUGAUAUCAAUAAGAAUGUUGACAUGAUUGCUGCUCGCCGAAGGGAGCGUGAAUAUUUUUCUAGCACCCCUGAAUACAAGCAUCUCGCUCACAGAAUGGGUUCUGAGCAUCUGGCAAAGAUGAUGUCUAAGCAUCUGGAGAAUGUUAUCAAAUCAAAGAUUCCAGGCAUCCAGUCCCUUAUUAACAAGACGAUAAUUGAAAUUGAAACUGAACUUAGCAGGCUGGGAAAACCUAUCGCCACAGAUGCAGGAGGAAAGCUGUACAUGAUCAUGGAAAUUUGCCGGCUUUUCGAUCAAAAUUACAAAGAACAUUUGGAUGGCGUGCGCUCUGGAGGUGACAAGAUAUAUUACGUUUUCGAUAAUCAGCUUCCUGCUGCUCUCAAGCGGUUGCAGUUUGACAAGCAACUUGCAAUGGAAAACAUAAGGAAGCUUAUCACUGAAGCUGAUGGAUAUCAGCCUCAUUUGAUAGCUCCUGAGCAAGGAUAUCGCCGUCUUAUUGAGUCUACUUUGGUGACAAUUAGAGGUCCUGCUGAGGCUGCUGUUGAUGCGGUUCAUGCUCUACUGAAGGAAUUAGUGCACAAGGCAGUCAGUGAGACUCCAGAGCUAAAACAAUAUCCUGCCCUCAGAGUAGAAGUCGGAAACGCUGCUAUUGAAUCACUCGAACGAAUGAGGGAAGAGAGCAAGAAAGCUACACUGCAGCUAGUCGACAUGGAAUGUGGUUACCUGACGGUUGACUUCUUCCGGAAGCUUCCUCAGGACAUCGAGAAGGGUGGCAACCCUACGCACUCACUUUUUGACCGAUAUAAUGACGGUUAUCUCAGGCGAAUUGGAUCAACGGUUUUGUCUUAUGUGAACAUGGUUUGUGCGGGUCUUCGGAACUCUAUUCCGAAGUCCAUUGUCUACUGUCAAGUUCGUGAAGCCAAAAGGAGCCUGCUUGACCAUUUCUUCACCGAGCUGGGGAAAAUGGAUCAAAAGUAUCUCUCCUCGCUAUUGAAUGAGGACCCUGCAAUCAUGGAGCGGCGGUCCCAGCUCGCAAAGAGGCUGGAACUGUACAGGAGUGCACAAGCAGAGAUCGAUAAUGUUGCUUGGUCCAAGUAGCCUCUUUAUAUUAUAGGAGCUUAAGGUGGAAAGGAGUCGUGAUUCUUUCAUUCAUGAGCAGCCGGGAGUGAGAGAUUUCUUAUGUUCAUGAAUUUGUGAGUUGUAUGCAUACGAAGUGAAGCGACCAUUUAUUCCUGUUUGGGGUCAAUUAUGGGCACCGUAAAUGAUGAUAUACACGUGAUCAGUUCUGCUAGCAUUUGCGGUACAAGAACGUGACAUAAAUAUGCCUUCUGAUCAAA